UAAUAACUCAUAUUCAGAACACUUGUCAACAAUAUUUUCAGAGCAUUCAAAUAAUUUAUUAGAUAGUCAUUUAGAAGAAAAUUCAGAUAAAUUGGAUGAAUUAGAUGAAUCAGAUGAAAUGGAUGAAUCAGAUAAUUUAUUAAAUAAUGAAAACUUUGAAAAUAUUGUCGACAAGGUCUUGAAUUUUGAAAAAUUAUCACAAAAUACAAAUAAAUUUUCACCAUAUUUUGAAAAUUUGACUGCUGCAUUGUUAUUUUGUUGGAUACAAAAACAUA